GCCGCUGCCGGUCUCCGCUCUCGGUUGUCCCUGUUCCCUAGUUGCAGCCAUGGCCGUGGCGACGCCUCUGACUCCUGAAGACCUUCUGCUGCCCAAAAGUGUCUCGGGCAAGGCCGAAGAGCUGGAUGAAGAGGUGACGGAAGAGGACGACGAGGAGGAGCUGGAUGAGACUUUGGCAGAGAGGCUUUGGGGCUUGACAGAGAUGUUCCCCGAAGGGGUCCGAACUGCGGCUGGAGCGACUUUUGACAUGUCUCUUUCUGUUGCCCAGAAAAUGUACAGAUUCUCCAGGGCAGCUUUGUGGAUUGGGACUACCUCCUUCAUGAUCCUAGUCCUUCCUGUUGUUUUUGAAACGGAAAAACUUCAGAUGGAGCAGCAGCAGCAACUGCAGCAACGGCAGAUUUUAUUGGGACCCAACACAGGGCUGUCCGGAGGAAUGCCAGGGGCCCUGCCUUCUCUUCCUGGAAAGAUUUAGAGAAAUUACGUUGGAGCCAUAUCAUGAAAGGCAAUCUUGGGAAUUAUUUGACGGAACUAUCGAUUGGUUAGGCUGGGGUAUUUUUUCCCCAUAAACCUUGGAAAAUCAACCUAUUCACGGUGGAGGCAGGAUCCCUGUCUGGAUCUCCUGAAACGGGCUAUCUUCCUUCCCGCUUAGGCAGUCAUGACUUUUCCAUCUGCUCAGUCCCUGUUGUAAGCAACUGCAAAGAUUUUAAUAAGCUUGUUUUGGUAUCCUUAUCUCCAGGAAGCCACCUCAGGACAUGUCAGAUUCUGGCCAGCCAGAAAUAUUGUCAGUGUAAAUAUUCCUGUAUUCCUCUCCUGCUGUAUUGUAGACCUGUUUCAGAGCAGUGACAGCAAGAGUGACUGUUCCAGCACAUAGAACAUCCAGUAGACUCUAUGCAGUAAGCUCCUACUUGAAGAAAAUUACAUGCCCUAUAAAUAUUUGAAAAAUGUGGGGAAGAAGGGAAAGUCAUUUUUGCCAAGUCUCUGCUGAAUCUAUUAGUAUCGAAGUCAGCUACAGUACUUUUGUAUUAAAUAGUUUCAGUGCAAA